AUGGUUAUAAUUUCAGAAAAUGACUUAAAGUACCUAAUCAAGACGUACCAGAAGUACACUAACCAACACAGGUACUUGGGAAAGUCAAAAUUUCUAGAAGUACUGCAUAUCACUUUCGGAUAUAUCGAGCCCUUCUUCAUGAAUAGAGUGUUUCUUCUCGCCGACACGAACAAGGACGGCCGGAUCGACGUCGAAGAAUUCAUCAGGUUGUUUUCGAUCCUCCUCCGGGGUACGAAGGAAGAACAAAUUGACUUUUGCUUCAAUUGCUACGACAUAAGCGAGGCCUCUCAACUCAGCAGAGACACCAUCAUCAUUUUGUUAAGCCAAACCAGUGUCCAGCAAACAGAUGCCACCUUGGAAAUGAAUUUGGAUUUGUUGGACAUGGUUUUGAGCAAAAUGGAUCAAGACGGAGACGGGGUUUUGUCCUACGAAGAGUACAAGAAUGCUGCCUUGAACGACUGGCUGCUGAUGGAGGUGUUCGGACAGUGCUUGCCGGAUUACAAAAGCUAUGUGGCUUUCGUAGAAAAGAUGGAAAAUCACGUGGAGCCUAAAUAA